GGAAGGUGGCCAGGAUGAAUGUGAGAGUGGCGGCACGCGUGUGGCAUGCGGCGGCCUGCCAGGCCAGUGUGGCUGUGUGCGGGUUGGCAGGUGGACACGAGCAGUGCGCACACCGCCGCGCCGCGCCUCGCCACACAUGCAGCUGUUGGGGCCGGAGCUGCGGGGCCUCGUGGGCGGCGUGCUGGGCGUGGGCCGCGUGGUGGCGGCGGGGCUGGCGGGCCUGGCGGGGCUCGUGGUGGGGCCGCCCACACUGGUGCUCGUGGGCCUCGACUCGUCGGGCAAGACCACGGCGCUGCUGCGGCUCAAGUACGGCCACUACGUGAACACCGUGCCCACCGUCGGCUUCAACUGCGAAUGUUUGCGGGGCGGCGGCUGCUCCUGGGUGGCAUGGGACGUGGGCGGCGCUGAGCGCGUGUGACCCCUUUGACGCGCCUACACGCGCGGCGCCGACGCGGUGCUGUUCGUGGUGGAUGCCAGCAGCGGCAAGGAGCGGCUGGAGGAGGCGCGCCACGAGUUGCAAGUCCUGGUGCGUCGGCAAGCGGCACAGAGCGCCGCGCUGCGCCGCUCACGGCCGCCGCUGCUGGUGCUGGCCAACAAACAGGAUCUGCCGGGGGCCAGGACGCCCGCCGCCAUGGCUAACGCCCUCGGCCUGCACGACCUGCCCCCCGCCCAGCCCUGGGGCCUUGCACCCGCCUGUGCCGUCACCGGCGAGGGUCUGCCCGAGGCCAUGGACCUCCUGCGCCGCCUCCUCCUCAAGGCACGCCGGGCCUCGCUCUCACGGGGCUGACUUGCGGGUCACCCUGCCCAGCCCCGCACCAAACCCCUGGACUCCCGAGGCGUGAGGCGAUGGAGCCCGAGUACUCGUAUGGGGACAGGCGGGGAACUACAG